AUGUCAACAGAGACAGAGCUACAGCCAGCGGUCAGGCCCAGCAGCGUCAGACGGGACUCCAAGAGGAAAGGGCAGGAUCGCAGCGAGGCAGCUCUCAUCAGGCGCUUUAAGGGUGAUGGCGUCCGCUAUAAGGCCAAGCUCAUCGGCCUGGACGAGGUCACUGCCGCCCGUGGAGACAAACUCUGCCAGGACUCGAUGAUGAAGCUCAAGGGUAUAGCUGCAGCAGCACGUUCUAAAGGAGAACACAAACAGAAGGUGUUUCUAACCGUUUCCUUCGGCGGGAUCAAGAUCUUUGAUGAGAAGUCAGGGGUCCUCCAACACCACCAUGCGGUCCACGAGAUCUCCUACAUCGCCAAGGACAUCACGGACCACCGAGCCUUUGGCUACGUCUGCGGGAAGGAAGGGAACCACCGCUUUGUGGCUAUCAAGACGGCACAGUCGGCCGAGCCUGUGAUUCUGGACCUGCGGGACUUGUUCCAGCUCAUCUAUGAGAUAAAGCAGAGAGAGGAGAUGGAGAAGAAGGCCCAGAAAGACAAGCAGUGUGAGCAGGCCGUCUACCAGACAAUACUGGAGGAGGAUCUGGAGGACCCGGUCUACCAGUACAUUGUGUUUGAAGCGGGACACGAGCCCAUCCGUGACCAAUCAGAAGAGAGCAUUUAUCAGGUUCCCACCAGUCAGCAGAAGGAAGGGGUCUAUGACGUCCCAAAGCGACACCCAAAUAUCAACCAAUUAGAGAUUUUUGGAGACAUGUCCACACCUCCUGACAUCACCUCUCCAUCGACCCCCGCCUCUCCAGCCAAUACCCUCGACCCCUCGCAGGGCCUGCAGCCUCCCACGGAACUGUUUGCUCCCUUCAAUCCUGCGUCUGUGCCCUCAGGUUAUGUGACAAUGGGAGCGGUACCCCCCGGCCACUGGUCCCAGCAGGCGUUUGCUGCCCAGACACCACUGGCCUUCGGGGUCCAGUCUCCAUUAGGCCCAGUAGCCCAGGUGCUGCCAGGCGGCCAGCCUCUCAUCUGGGGCCAGGCCAACAUCUUCCCUGCCACCCAGCAGCAGUGGGCAGCCAUGGCAGCUGGAGCCUUUCCCCCUACAGCCUACCUCCCUGCCCAGCCUGUGGGCACCCUGCCCGCCGCCAUGUUCCAGACUCUCACCCCCGUCACGACUGUGACCCCGGCCGGCGAGAGCCAUUCAGCGUCGUCGAGUCCGCAGCACGGGGAGAGGGGGAAGAAGAUGGGCAAGGAGAUGUUCAAGGAUUUUCAGCUGGCGAAGCCUCCGGCCAUGCCGUCGAAGAAGGCUGAUCAGCCCAGCUUAGCAGGAACCUCAGAGGCAUUUAGCACUUACUUCAGCCGUGUGGGCACUGCCCAGGACACGGAUGACUGUGACGACUUUGACAUUUCUCAGAUGAAUCUGACACCGGUCACCUCCACAACACCAUCCACCAACUCGCCACCGACCCCAGCUCCCAGGCAGAGCUCUCCCUCUAAGUCCUCAGCCUCCCAUGUAAGCGACCCCCCCACCGACGCCACAGACCCCCCCACAGACGACUCGUUUGGGGAAGCGGAGGGCAGCCCUAGUCGCAGUGGAGAGGAAGAUGCUAUGGGGAAGGACCCUCUCUACGCCCAGAUCAACAAAGGGAAGAAAUAAAGAGACACACAGGAAGACAGACCUGACUAGCACUGAGGGAACAGGAGGAGAACCCUCACCUCUGUGUGUGUGUGUGUGUGUGUGUGUGUGUGCCUG